AUGGCGACCAUACCACCAGAGCAUCAGCUUUCCUCGGUUCCCGCCAAGGCGAUCCUGCCUUUCAAUGAGCGCCAGCAACCUACGAUCCGUUUGUACCCGCUCAGCAACUACACCUUUGGCACCAAGGAAACACAGCCGGAAGAAGAUCCGUCAGUGAAGGACAGGCUGCGCAGAUUAGAGGAGCACUAUGAGAAGCAUGGCAUGCGAAGGACAUGUGAAGGCAUUCUGGUCUGCCAUGAGCAUAACCAUCCACAUGUCCUGAUGCUUCAAAUCGCCAAUGCAUUCUUUAAGCUGCCCGGUGACUACCUCCAGCACGACGUCGACGAGAUCGAGGGGUUCAAGGCGCGACUGAAUGAACGCCUUGCGCCAACGGGCUCACUCGGCGCGUCUGAGGCCGCAGACUCAGAUUGGGACGUCGCCGACACCCUCGCUCAGUGGUAUCGUCCCAACUUCGAGACGUUCAUGUAUCCAUUCCUCCCUCCACACGUGACGCGCCCAAAAGAGUGCAAAAAGCUAUACUUCAUUCGGCUCCCCAAAGCCAAGGUACUCAGUGUGCCUAAGAACAUGAAGCUGCUAGCCGUACCUCUCUUCGAGCUGUACGACAACAGCCAAAGAUAUGGUCCGCAACUAAGCGCCAUUCCACAUUACCUCAGCCGGUAUCGAUUUGAAUUUGUGGAUGAAAAGGGCGAGGUCGUUUCAUACACACCUGGAGGACCAAUUGACGAGAAGGUGAAGACGAAAAUUCUGACAGGAGGAGAGAAUGGGCAUGCCAAGCAAGAUGAUGAUACGGCGGUGGUCAAAGAUGAAGAGAUGGCUCAGGCUUGA